GAAGAGGGCAGGAGGAGGAGGAGGCUGUGGCGGGCAGACGGGCUCCUUCGCCUUCCCCUGCCGCGCGGCAAUUAUUUCCAUCCUUCUCCGAAGCGGGGAGGCUGCACUGAGGAAAGGGUGGCAAAGGCGGGCUUGUGCUGCAGCCGGGGAGACCCUCCAGCUUGCAGGCAAUGGUCCACCCUCGCUGCCUUGCUCGUCCCCUCUUUCCCCCCCUGGCUUGGAAGCUUUUGUUCUCUCCAGUUCGGGGCAUAAGAGACCUACCUGCCGCCGCCGCCGCUCCUGCCUCCCGACGCCAGGAAAGUUCGAGGAGAAAACCGCCUCGGGUCCGACCUCCUUUGGGCUGCGGCGCCUUCAAUUUGCUUCCUGCAAUCCAAGAGAUUCUUCCUCUUUCGUCCAGGUGAAUUUCAAUCCAGCUCCUACAUCCAGCACCAUCUGUAACCUGCCCUGCUGAUUUCUUUGUAUGCAUUUGGAAAGUCAGCUGUGUCAUGUGGUUUCCUGCACUGAUGCUCUAAGAAUUAUGGACCAAAGCACUGCCAUGAAGGGUACCCGUCAACCUUCCUUCUUCUGGUUAUGUCACUAUAAUUUUGCCAAGGGCCCUGCAUCAUGACACCGUCUUAUUUAUUAAAAUGCCUUGAAGUCGCUUUCUCCCUCGGCUGAAGUGAUGGUUUUUCCUGCAACGCUGACACCAGCUCAUCCUGUGUCAUUAAACACAACUUUUAUCGUCUAUGAACAUGCCCAUGCCAAUAUUACCACUCCGUUGAUCUUGGUCCGUAAGGGCACAGCUCAGCUACUGAAAUACCAUUUGGGUGCCAUGGUUACUACUGAGAUAGCUCCUUUGACAAUCAAUAGUACACCUGCCCUCCUGUUACAAGGCUUCACAAGCUUGAGUCUGCCACUCCAGAUUGUUCUUUCUGCUGCCAUGAUAUUUAUUUUCCUUAUUUCUUUUGUGGGUAAUCUGGUCGUCUGCCUUAUGGUUUACCAGAAGACUGCGAUGCGAUCUGCCAUUAACAUUCUUCUAGCUAGUUUGGCUUUUGCAGACAUGCUGCUCGCUGUGCUGAACAUGCCUUUUGCUCUGAUAACCAUCAUCACUACCCAGUGGAUUUUCGGGGAUGUCUUCUGCAGAGUCUCUGCCAUGUUCUUCUGGCUGUUUGUCAUCGAAGGAGUUGCCAUACUGCUCAUCAUCAGCAUUGACAGGUUCCUCAUAAUAGUUCAAAGGCAGGACAAGCUGAACCCUUACCGCGCAAAAGUGCUCAUCGCUGCUUCGUGGCUCGUGGCCUUUGUUGUGGCUUUUCCACUCUCUGUGGGGAACCCCAGCCUACAGAUACCUUCCAAAGCACCCCAGUGUGUAUUUGGCUACACAACAAACCCGGGUUACCGCGCCUAUGUAAUAGUGGUGUUUUUGGUCUCCUUUUUCAUUCCAUUCACUGUAAUGUUAUAUUCUUUUAUGGGCAUUCUCAAUACCGUACGGCACAAUGCGGUUCGUAUCCACAGCCACCCAGAUGGCAUAUGCCUCAGUCAAGCUAGUAAACUUGGUCUCAUGAGCCUCCAGAGACCUUUUCAAAUGAAUAUUGAUAUGAGCUUUAAAACUCGUGCCUUCACCACCAUAUUGAUUUUGUUCAUUGUCUUCAUCAUUUGCUGGGCCCCCUUCACCACCUACAGCCUUAUUGCCACAUUUAACAGCCACUUUUAUCACAAGCACAACUUUUUUGAGAUAAGCACCUGGCUCCUUUGGCUUUGCUACCUCAAGUCUGCUCUGAACCCACUCAUCUACUACUGGAGAAUCAAGAAAUUUCACGAUGCGUGUUUAGACUUGGUGCCCAAGUACUUCAAGUUUUUGCCACAGCUACCUGGUCAAGCUAGAAGACGUAUCCGACCUAGUGCUGUUUAUGUGUGUGGGGAGCACCGGUCAGUAGUGUAAGCCUCGUAGCAAAUGGACAUUUGCUCUUUUUCUGAUACAUGCCUGUUUUAGUGGGAUUUUUUCUUUAGCUGUCAGAUUUAUAAUUUUUAGAAUUCACAUUCAGCUUUAAGGAGGAGAUAUUUGUUGAGCUUUCCUACCAGGAUAUACCUAUAUUAUGUUGUUGACCACCUACUAAAGUAGGUGUAUACAUGGGGGAGGAAUUGUGCGUACAGGGCAAAGCUUUCUACUUCAAUGGCUUUUGCUGCUGAAAGAGACCAGUCGAAAGGCCAUUUUUCUCUUCCACAGACAGCUGCAAAACUUAAGCUUCAAAGAAUCCCUGUACCGUUUGCACAGUUAUUCCUUCCAUGUAUAUGCAGCUCUUUAUGGAUUGUAUGCUACUGCCUCCCCGGUUCUGCGGUAGGAAGGAAAACUCAUUUUGGAUGUAUGUCAGGUGAUCUUAAGCACUGCUAACCAUUUCAUUUCAUUAUAGAUGUUGUUAAUGCUGCUAUUUUAUGGUACAUUUAGAUGAAUACUUAAUAGGAUUUUUUUAUUUUUCAAACGAUGUUGCUGCAUAGAUGAGCCAAAAUGUUUGGAUUUAAUUAAUUAUUUGCAAGAGUUGCAGUGACAUUAAGUGGGGAGAAACACACACAUUCAUGCACUUUAAACAGAACUGGGUGGAGGGGAGUGAGUGGGGGUGAAGAAAGGUUCAGUGAUCUUUUACGUUUUUGUUUCUUUCUGCAAGGUUUUUAAUUCUUCCACCCAUUUUGCAGUGUUUUGGAAUAAUGCUAUAACAUACUUUGUUCUCAGAACUAUUUUAUAGUCCUUUUGAGUUUACUUGAAUGUCAGAAGUAUGUAGUGUAAAUUCAUUUAGAUGAAGACACUUAAGUAACACUUAUUACAAUCCAGAGGAAUUAAAGUGCUUUAAAUCCUUCUAAAGUCAGAAGGAAUUAAACUGAAUUCCAGUUACUUAAAAACACACGAGAUUUGUCUUUCAUUAUUAUUUCAAUGGGAUGUAUAUGGUUAUUCAUAUUCAAUGUCAUGAUUUUAGCCCCAUGAAAAAAUAACUGAUCCUGCAUUAAAAAAGCAUAUAGUCAUUAAUUAUAUGUAAGCAUAUCAUGGAAAUAUGAAUUCCCUUUGAAUAUCAAACUCUUACUGCGAACUCUGUCGAAUCAAAAUUCAAUUAGAAGAUACACUCGAAAUUUGGUUAAUGUUCAAAUAUAUAUUUUAAUUUAUAAAUUGGACCUGUACAUCAGAGGUGGUAUUCAGUUGGUUCUGCAUGCGCAGAAGUGCCAUGUGCAAACUCCCACUUCCAAACCAGCAGCAAAGGUAAGAGAAAACAAUUACUGCCAUGCAUAAUAUACAAUUCUUUUGAUGAAGUGUUUUUUUAAAAAAGGGGUUUUUUUACAAGCAGAUUUGUUAAUUCAGAACUGUUGGUUCAUGUGACUUAACUUUAUAGCACACUAGAUUUAUUUCAUGUCUAAAAGAUAACCUAGUUUCUUAUCCAGCUUGAGGAAAUACUAUUGCUGUCAGUAACCAGCAACAUUGUUUUGUCUUCCCAAGGAAAGGAUUUCUUGAAUACCUGAAACAUGACAAAAUUCCCAGGGUGGAAGGAAUGGGGGUGGCAACACACCAUGGGCCUUACUCUUCACAUUUGUAAUAUUCCCUCCUCUCAUACCCAUAAUAUAACCCAUGAUCAAAUUUGCGGCCUGCAGCCUAGAUGCGUCAUGUGCUGUCCACGCCCAUGCCCAGUUUAGCAAUGGGGAAAAAAGUCCCGAUACGACACGUGGCGACAGCAUGACAAUACAAGUUUGACAUCAAUUUGACAUUGGUAUAGGACUAAAAAGGUCAGAUGGCAUGGUCCGGUUGGCCUUACAACUGUGGACCCUCUUCAGGUAAAUAAAGCAUGCAAGGGAAAUAGUUGCAAGAUGAGAUUACGCACUGAUAGACACAAUCAGGAACAACUUCAGAUAAAAUUAUAUUUAGAACUCUCGGCAUUCUUGCUUUACUGGAAAUUAAAACUGGAAGAGACAAAGAAAAAUAACUUUGCUAUUAAUAUUUCAAGUGUAUAGAAAUUGGGAUCUGUUUUCUAUAGAGCUGGAAUAAUCAGGACUUCAUCUGUUUGGCUACUGUAUCAUGUCAAUUGGCCAUCCCUUCCAUUAUAAGGUGUAUUUUAGAAGUGCUACUUUUAGUAGAUCAAUAAAAUUUUCAUACCCAGAGAAGUUCGAAACAGCUUAUUCCUUAAGCUAUGGAAAGAUUCUUAACCUUAAAUGGCAACUCACAGUAUAAAUGGUUCCACUAUAAAUGGUUACUUCUCUGACCUUAUAGUGAAAUGAAAAAUAUUGAUUAUAAUAGUUAACCAAAUUGUUAUUUUGUUUACUACAAUUCAUUACUAAUUGAUCAAUCAAAGCAGUUUGGAUGACAAAGAAACAUUGACACUAUUCCUAAAAAUUACAUGAUACCUCCUUGGACUUUAAACAGCUGUGUAGACCUAAAAGGACAAUGUUAACUUGAAAAUAAAUCCCACUGCAGUAAGUGUGUAAAGUAAGUGUGCCCACGGUGCAGCUCUUGUGAAUAGUAAGCCAGUACUGGAUUCUUUGGAUGAUCAAUCAGUUGUGCUGCUCACACCUCUGGAUUUAUAACUGAUGCAAAUAUGCUUCUUGAGAAAAUUCAGCUUUCAUUUUUAAUAGCUUGACAAGGAGGAAAUGUUUGCUCCUAUUAACAUGUCAAAAAUCAGAAGAGCCGAGGCAAAAUUUCCAAAUUUCUCACAAUACCUCAUCAUCUGUUUUCUCUGUUGCUUCUGGUCUUUGUUCUUCGCAUUUUGUCAUCGCAAUGGCCAAAUAUAAAGAAUCUAAAAAGUACUGUUGUCAAGAAACAUUUAACAGAAAAGGAAGUGUAAUCAUGUAUAAUGUUUACAUUUUAAAUCAUUUCAGCUUACACUAUUAACAUCAUUGGCUCUUUUAAUAUACUGUUGUUUUAGAACAGUGCCUUUUCGUUUGAUAUUGAUUUUUAUAUCCUCCUAAACUUGAAAAUCCUUCAGUUCAGCUGGUAAUCAGCCUCUUCAUGUGCCCAUAUGUUCUACAGAGUUUCCACCCAUGGUUAAAGAAAACAUAUAGAAAAAACUUUCGGAAGGCAAUGAUACCUUCAAAUAUAUCUCGAAUGAUUUAUUAAAACAUUCUAGGUAAAAACAUUCUUUUGUUCCUCCUUUUAAAAUAUAUAUAUAUUGGCUCAGACUCGGAAAUGAAAGGCAGGGUGCUGAAGUAUAUAUACUUAUUUAAGCAGAUUUAUCAAACAGUCACAUUUGUUAUAAAAAUCUUGCUAAAAGUUUCAUGAGAUGUUUUAUACUCUUUGAAGGGAUGUUUUUAUUUUAUGGAAGCAUUUAUGUUUGUAUACUGAAUAACAGAGUAGUGUCUCCCUCUCCCUUCGGUGUGGUAUUUUUAUAAGAUUGUUUUUAAUGAGCUUUAUAUAAGUUGCUAUCAGUGUAGUUCUCUUUCUCUCAUGCCAUUGUGCAACAUUAUCAUUGUAAACAAAUGUAUUCAUUUAUUUUUGCCAUAUAAAAACAAAGCACCGCAAUCUACUGUGGUUGCAAAAGAAAAAGUGAUGACUUCUUUAACUCUUUAUUUCUUUCUAGAGAUAUUAUUAGCCAUUUAUAAAAUGUUUCUUUUCUUAAAAACAGACCUCAGUUUUUAAAUUUUAAAGUUAAACUUGACCUGUAUGUAAUGUAUAUAUAUAUAUAUUUCCAUGGGAAUAAUUACAGUAAACAAUUAUUAAGAUGAACUUUUUCUGUAACAGUUUAUAGGAAAAUGGCUAUUAUUAACUAGCUAAGCUUAUUCUUGAAACUAUCAAUUAAAAUGUUCUAAAAAUUAGUUUUGGUGUAUUGGUUGAAGCACCAUUUUAAAGUCUCUUCAUAUUAUGAAAACGAAUCCUCAGACUUGAGAAUUCUUUUUGGAGUCGUUCAAAAAUAGCAAUUAAAAGCUUCAGAUAAGAUCAUGUUAUGUCAGAUGGGUGGAAGAAUGUGAGCGCAUACAGAAUUUCUGAUAAAGGCAGCACGAUAUUUAAAAGAACAGUGAAUGACUCAGUCCAGUUUUCAUUUCUAAUGUGAAUUUCUGUGCAAAUAACUAAUGAAAUGUCUACACUAUGUUUACACUAGACUGACAAUGUGGAGUUGUCCAGGUUGCUCAGUUGGGCACUUUUGUUAAAAAGAGGGGCAUGCAACUUUUUCUUGAUUGAACGCCCUAUGUGGUCUUUGGGUGACGUGGUAUGCAAACAGGCUGCAUUCCAAGAAGCGGUGGGAGAGGCCACAACAAAAAUCAAAUUUGUCAUCAUUUGCAUUUAAGUUGAAUUAAAAUUA